CACCUGUCGAUACGUACACGCAAUAUGUUCACCUUGUUAUUAUUGAGUGCGUUGGCUGGGGUGGCAUUGUCAGGCAGAUCCCCCAACGCGGACUUUAUUGAAAGAGUAUUCGAAGUUCCUGGAGCUAGGUACUCUACAGAUAUACUCAUAGAUGCGAAAUUGGAUGUGCCAGGUUUGGUGGCCAGGUAUGGCUACCCCAUCGAAAUUCAUGAAGUCACAACCGCAGAUGGGUACAUCUUGACAAUGCACAGAAUCCCCCAUGGGAAGGAGCGUAACAAUGAGCCAGACGCGAACAAGCCCGUCGUUUUUAUCAUGCAUGGACUUGUGUCUUCCUCGGCUGACUUCCUAGUACUUGGACCAGGGAAUGCUUUGGGAUAUUACCUCGCUGAGGAGGGCUAUGACGUGUGGUUGGGCAAUGCUCGCGGUAAUUUCUAUUCGCGUCGUCACCUCAAUCUAAACCCGGACAAUUUCUUGAACCAAGCGUUCUGGAGGUUUAGCUGGGACCAGAUAGGGAACUACGAUCUACCUGCAUUCGUCGACUACAUUCUCGCUAAGACUGUGCAACCCAAACUCCACUACAUAGGCCACUCGCAAGGCGGAACCGCCUUUUUGGUUUUGAACUCUUUGCGACCUGAAUACAAUGAGAAGUUUAUCUCAUUCCAAGGCAUGGCACCCGCUUCAUUCUUUACUCAUAAUAAUAAAGCAGUAUUCCGGUCAUUGGCUCCCCUGGAAACUGUACUUGAGACCACAGCAUUCGCAAUGGGGAUGGGUGAAGUAUUCCCAAACAUGGAUUUUGUCGAGUGGUUUGUCAGAAACUACUGUCUGGAGGCAUCUGUCUUCGAACCAAUGUGCGGUGGUUUAAGUAUUACUGGAUCUUCUGAUUACGUCAAUGAGACUAUGCAACCAGUUUUCUUCGGACACGCACCAGCAGGGUCCUCCAUUCGUCAAAUAUCUCACUUUGGCCAGAACAUUAGAUUCGACACGUUUCGGCGCUUCAACCACAACCGACUUACAAAUAUCUUGCAAUACGGUUCUGCUACUCCUCCGGAUUACAACUUAUCCAGAAUCACAGUACCAGCCUACAUCUACUAUGCUACAAUGGACAGCUUAGUCUAUCCCAAAGAUGUCUUAAAACUAUGCGGAAAACUACCUAAUUUGGUCCUUUGUCAUCGUAUACCAAGUGAAACCUUUGGCCAUCUGGAUUUCAUUUGGGGAAAUGGUGUGAGGACACUUCUGUACAAGAAAAUAUUAGAUCAAAUGAGGGAAUCUGAAGAUAAAUAUUUGUAAUAGCAUGAUAUUAUUGGAAAUUUAUAAGUGUUAUAAAGUAAAUUAUUUUUAAAUUAAGUGACUCAUACAGAUAAGUUUAAAUAAAUAAAUAAGUUGUUUGUGCGUUUCUAUUCUUAAACAAAGGCCGUGCU